GGAGCCCCCCUGGAGCCCCGGCCCGGCAGCCCCAUAUCCUCGCGGCAGCUGAUGGCGCCACAGCCCGGGCACAUCUAGCGCUGGCGGCCAGAGCGCCUCCUCUAACCCGGCCCGGCCCGGACUCAGGGCCCCGCUGGCCCGUCGCUCCUCCAGGUCCCGAAGGUGGGGCCCAGGCCCAGGUUGCCAUGGAUACUGUGUCCCUGGAGCAUCAGAUCCAGAGCGUGCAACGCCACAUCAGCUUCCUGAAAAAGGAGCAGAUGGCCCUGCUGCGAGACCUGCACCUGGAAAUCCUGAGGCUGCAGAAACGCUGCUCAGAACUGACGCGUGACUUGGAAAUAAGAGAGGCUCGAUCUCACCAGCAAGAGGCGGCCUCCCAGGAGCUGGAGAGCAAGUGCCGCGCGCUGGAGUCGCAGCUGGAGGCGCGGACCGCGGCCAACGCGGAGCUGCGGCGGGAGGUGUCGCAACGCGAGGCGCUUGUGUCGGCCCUGCGCUGCAGCCUGCGCGCCGAGGAGCGCCGCUUCCUGGAGGAGCUGCGGCGCCGCAGUCACCGCGCCACGGUGCUGGGCACCGAGCUGCAGAAGCACACGGAGGCGGCCGCCUACCUGUCCUGCCAGCUGCACGCGGCGCGCCAGAGACUGCAGGCCCCGCGCUCCGGGCCGGGCGCCGCCGCCGAGCCCCGGCCCCGCAGGCGCGCACAGCGAGCCCGCCGCCAGCCCGCCGCGGAGAACACCGCCAAGGGCCCCGGCCGGGACUGGGCCGCCUGGGACCGCGCGGCCUGCGCCCUGGAAGACCCCGAUCCCAUGCCCGACCCCGCGCUCUUCCUCUACGCCCGAAGGCCCCCGCGACCCAGCGGCCGCAGCCCGCGCCAGCCACCGCCCCAGGAGCCCCCGGACCAAGCCGGCCCUCAGCCUGCGCCCAGCCCCCCUAGUGCGCCCGGGGACGCGGAGUAGGAGCGGGCUGGCGAAGUGGGGAGCGGCGGGGGUGGUGGGGGGUAGGCCUGCCGGCACCCCAGUCUGGGCCGCAGCUUCCGCCGCCCGGGGCCCAGGAAGCCGGCCCUUCCCCGGAGGAAGGCGGGCGGAGGCGGCCCAGCUUCUCCGCCUCUUCCCACGGCCCGGGCCUUUUGUAUUUCCCUACGAUUCAGAAGCUUCGCCCCUCCUGCAAGGGGGUUCCUACGGGGGGCUGAGCGAGUGCACUUUUUUUGUGUGUGUGAAGAAGAGGAGAACCGAUCCUACCCUAGGUCCCCACCCCGCCACCGGGAGGGGAGGGGUUGAGAGUCACGCCCUGCCCCGAGAAACCUGACAAUCAUCUAGAGGGAGGUGGGAGGGAGGGAAGACCGGGCUGACCUGCGCAAUGGAACUCAGCGGCCCUUAGUCCCCAUAGACCUUUUCAGCUCCCCCUUCUGGCCGCCCCCAGCUCCGCACGGCUGUCCUUCCCGCCAAGCCUGGAGGCUAGAGGUUGAACCUUUUCCUGGGAAGCCCCUUCCUCCUACCUGUACCCCACAGAUACAGGUCCUUAUAGGUGAGCACCUAACACUUUACAAGACACCUCCCAGAGCCCCUAGGUGAGAAAGAAUAGCCUGCUGGAAUUCUGGACGCCUGGAAGGUAGCACCCAUAGAUGGUUAGAGAGGAUCACAGAAUGGAUUUGGUAGGAGAACCUGGUCUAGAGCUGUCGCCAGCUCAGUUCUCCCCCAGAAUGCCCACUUAAGCAUUUGGACUAGGAGCCUUGCUGAGGAACCGAGGUAGAGCACUCCAGCCAUCCGUGAGGCUCCUGGAAGGGCAGAAGUUGCCUUCAGGAGGCAGCUGAGCACCUGAAGACUACCCUUGGAGCUUUUCUAGCCCUGUUAAUUGGUGCUAAUUUUGUCCAGUUUCCUAUUCAGUGGUUGUUCCCAGAGGUCAAAAGAAAGGUCCUACUUCUUGGAAGUGACAUUAUCCGUAGAGUUUUCUGGGAUGAGGAAAGGGAGGGAGCAUACGUACGGUAGGUAGUGUGAAGCCUGUCCCUCUCCAGGAUGCCUCCAAUUCUAUCAGACCUGGUAGUGAUGGGUUCUCAGCGCCCUUUUGACUGGGUGGGGAGUGGCAAGAUGGAACGUGGAACACCUAAUUGCAUUUCUCCCCAGCUCCCUUCUCUCUGCCCAAGGCAGGAGGCCCGGUUCCAGUCCAACCUUGAAAGAAAGACAAACCUCUAGAGCUCCAUCAUCAUCAUCCAGCCCUGCUGUCUCUCCUCUGGGGGUCCUGGGUCACAUCCUAAGUGCCUGUGAGGUCUUCCUGGGGCUACCAAGAGAAGGACAUGGGGUGUGGGGGAGGCCUUUAUGUCACUCAUGAACACCCCAUCCUGGAAGGUCCUGAUGUUGGCUGAGGUCAAGUAUUCUGUGUGUCAACCACCCAGGAGGUUAUGAGCCUGUCUCCAUUGUAGCCCCCAUGAAGAAGAUGGGGAGAAAUCCCUAGUUAUCCUCCUCCGCUGUCUGUCAGAAGAAACAAGAGACAGGCAAGAAGCAGAAGCUAGUGCUCACACUCCUGGUCCAUUCAUCCCCUUCCCACCUAAGACUGAGCUGCUGAGGCCACUGCGCAAUAACCAGGCCUGGUCUGGGUGUCCAGUCACUGGGAUGCAGCUGCCCAAGGUGUGGGCACCAUGGGGACAGACAGUGCUCUCCAGUCCAACUUGGUCCACAGUAGUGGCCUAGGAUUUUUGCUCUGUCUGACUCUGCCUCUACCUAGCCUUCCCUUUCCCCCUCCGCCUCUGGUCGUGCCUCUGCCAUGUUUCUCCCCUUAAGUGUGUGUGACUCACUGUACCCCUUGUUCUGUUACUCUCCCUUCCAGAAUGUGUCUGUGUGAGGAGACCUCUCUUGGCAGUAAUCAUUUAAAAGGGCCCAGAGAAUGUGGGAAAGGCCACAUCUUCCCAGACCUUUUCUUCAACCACACUUUUGGGGUGAACAGGGUGACUUUGUUAUGUCAGUUCUUCUACAGAAAAAGGUGAAAUACUUUACCUGUCCCCCCCUCCCACCCACUAAAAGCCAUAACUAUGCUCGCCUGGUGUCCCCUGCCCCAUCUCUAUAGCAAUACCCCUCUCCUCCCCUCUCCUUAUCCCUCCUGAGUACCCAGGGUGUCUGGCUCCGGCCCCAGCCAUGCUCUCACCCCAGGAUCCUUCAGUGGAACUACCUGCCUUUCCCCAAAUGACCCCAUCAGCACCUCCCAGCACCUGUCCCUCCUUCAGCAUCCAGAGAUAAUGACACUUAAUUGUUUGUGGGGUGCUUGAAGAUCCCCCAGAUGAAAGGUUCUGAAUGCUGGGGUGGCUGACUCACUGACUCUCAGCUGAGCUGUUGGGGGUGCCUGGGAAAGGAAGUUAAGGCAACCCUCCUCCCCCAUUCAGCCAGCUGAGGGAGGGGUUGAGGCAGACAGGGUUCUAAUCUCCUCAGAAAUUCCCCUUCCCUGUCCCUCUCCUGGAAAUAAUGGGUCAGAGAUUUCCUUCCACCCACCUGCGCCUAGGGCUUGUAACAGAACCCUAGGUAUGGCUGAAAGGAACUGGGAGUCAGUGGCAGCCCAGAUCUUCUCAGUAGAGGUCUUAUCCUCUACUUUGGGCUCUCCCUCUACCUGCCAAAGGAAAUAAAUAAACAAGUCCUCCCACUUCUGGGUAAAGAGAGAGGAAAGGAUCAUUUCACCUACAGCCUUCUGCCCUGUCGUCUACUGCAGGAAUCCCCAUUGGGAGUAGGACACUUGAUAGGGACAUCCAGCGGCUCUAGCUGGAGCUCAAGCCACACCCUAAAAGUGUGGACAAACCCAGAACAGCUGCAGGUGGGGACCCCUACCUGUUCUGGAAGCAAGCAAGGGACCAACCAGUGAGCAAUGCAGCAGGAGGCCCUGUUCCCCAUCCUCCAGGGCACACACAUUCUGUCACACCCACCCACCAUGGCCUGCAGUUUAGGUGACCUGACCAAACCUGAAAUGGGGUAGUCCUUCCCCCAGACAAGCAGCAGAACAGAGUCCUGGUAGCACGGAGGGAGGCUCAGAGGGCAGAGGCUGUGUUCUCUGAGCACCCCCUUGUUUAGGUGCCAGCCUUGAAUGGGGGAUCAGCAGGACUUCAGAACCACCUGACAGGAGCCUCCUGGGCAGGGCAGAAUGAUUCUACUCCAAAUCCACUGUUGGCUGCGCUUUUUAAUCCAAUGCUUUUCAGAUGUAAUCUUUCACCCACCGAAAUAGAGCCCUGUGCUUUAGGGGUGACUGUCAUAUGCCUUAUUCUUAAUAAAAUAUCUGGAAAACA